AUGGCGGAUAUGAAGAUUUCCCCAACAGAAACAAAACCCAAGCACUGCAGCGAAAAGAUUGCCAAAGGGAAAUGGGACUUUGACUCAUAUAGCGCCUCCGAAGUUCCUCUCCGCAAUCAACAGCACACUCUGCCGAGCACGCAAUACUUCGCCAUAGUGGAGCCCAGUCCUCCUGACGAGAUGUCCCCAAGGCGGAUAACCGACGCUGCCCGCCUAGCUGCUGAACUCCAACACAGCAAGUCCACGCCACUCUCAACACCUGUAGCUGACCCUCAACACUACCAGUUCCCUCCGCCAAGGGAACAACUCCCCACCACGCGAUCCGACCAAGCAGGCCAACCCAUCCGCUACCCGCGCCGACCGCCCGCGCCCUCAAAACCCCCCGCACCCCAGGGGCCGCCCGCCCCCCCCAUGUGA